AUGGUCGCUAAUGAGUUAGAUGUCGAUUUCGCUGGCUUUACGGUACCACUUUGCCACGGCGAUAAAUGGCUAGUGAACAAGUCUCCUUUUAUCUAUGGAAAGCACAAAAUCGAGUAUGAAUCGCGUACUUACAAAAAGGUUGUUCAUCUUCAAUAUUUGACAGAAAGUACAAGGGAAAUUCUACUUUAUUAUAUUGAGUCGCAAGUUCCGCCUGGCGUUGCAAUUGAAGUAAGAAGUUACAAACUUGUCGAAAUGCCGUCCAAAAUGAAGGAAGCAAUCAAGAACGAGAGCUUAGUCGAUUCGGAUCUCACGGAAAAUGAACGUUUAAUGAAACUUGACGAUAUGGAAUCCAGAAGAGCGCGAAAAGAGCAAUUCGAAAUCUACCGAAAACCUUGGAAUCCAUCUGAAUACGAUUGGAGGCGAACCGAAAUCUCGCAACGCAAACGUAGACUUCGAACUCCUAAUACAAAAGGAAAUCUGUAA